AUGUCCCGAUCAUCAUCAUCACCACCACCAUCAUCAAAUGCAUUGUUUCACCGGCGUGACGAGAGCCAUGAAUAUAUCUCUAGUCGUAUCAGGACUUGUUGUGUACUUUGGAUGAUCCCAAGUUACCCGGAAUCCUACAACAUCAAAUCCCCAAUGUAUCCGAAGGUGAAGGUGAGACAAGAAGAAGAAGAUCCACAAGAGUUUCAGAGAAUUUAUUUGAAGGAUUUCCAGUCUCCAUCCAAUUCCCCUCAACAUAAAGAUGGUUACACUUACACACCACCAAGGGUUCUCAAGUCUCAUCAUAUUCAUAUCUCCACUUCAGAUGCGAAUAUAUCAUCAUCAAAAGCAGCUUCGAAGGUCGACAGAAAAGUUGCAGAGGGAAAUAAACCAAAUAAUAAGGUCAACAAGAAAAUUGCAGAGGUAAUUAAGCCAAGUUCUAUCCUGCCACCGCGAGCUGUUUUAUCGAGUCCAGAGAAUGAUUUGAUGCUCAGAACAAAAAACAAAACAAAAACAGAACGUUCAGAAUCGAAGAAUCAUAAGCUGAGUCAAAACACGCAUGUCAAGUGCAAGAAGUCUUAUGAACUCGAGAAGAAAAACAGUCCAUGGUCAUGGAAAUGAUUAUUAGAUGUGUGCAACGGAUUUUGUUUUAUAUUUUUUUUUAUCAUUAAAGGUUUAUUGACACUCAACUAACCGAUGCUCAUACUGUAAUAUAGAUACGCUUUGGUUUUGUUUUUAAUAUUGGCACAUCUGUAUUGUAAAACAAUGAGCUUAUAUAUCGACCAUUUGAAAGAAA